AUGGCAUUCAACCUGACUUUCGAUGUCAUCAGAUUCUCGGAAGCCCUCAGUCCCUCUGGCACAGCGAAGAUUGAGUGGACUCACAUCUCUGGAUCACACAUACAGGUGGUUCUCGAAGGAGACGACAGCCGGUAUAGCAAUGCGUCCCUUCGCAUGGACAUAUUCCAAGGGACGACGCUCCUGGAACGUGUCAACGUCGCUGAAUACAUUGACGCUUCUAGUCGCUUUCGCGAGAACAAGAUGCGCGCCGGAACGACCUUCAAGAUUGAAGAGUUGGCCAUUUUUGGUAUUACGAAGGAGCCAACUUUGGCUCUGCGAUAUCAACUCGAUGACAAGGCUCGACGGAUCCAGUUGCGGUUGAAGAGCGCCGAAGAAUGCCAGCACAUCGUGAGUAUUCUCUCGAAGCGAGGCAUGGAGUUUUCGCACCAGCGUCCAAACACAGCUCGGACCGACACAUCCUCCACUCGCCCAAACUCGAUGCAAGUUGAUGCUAGGCCGCUCACCACAAGCAUCUCGCAAGUCUCGCAACAAAACCAAAAGCCCUCAUUGCCCAAACCAAGCCCAUUCCACAUUCCCGACCUGGAAGCUGGUAGCCUCUCGCAAAGACCGCUUGCCAAUGCUAUACCGUCCACCCAUAAAGCCAGUCGAUUAACUGCUCCGGAGCGAGACUUAUCCUGCCGACCAUCCUCAGCCCAGCUGAGACGAUCUGAGCCUUCACGGCCGAUUGUGUCUGAGGUCCAUGACGUCCAACAAAGCUGGGAGGCAUGCUCGAAUCUCGCGUUAACUCAAGGAAAUGCCAGUUCGGGAAUUGCUCAGCACGCAGCCGAGCCAUUCUUCCAGUUUCUGGGGCCAGGCCCAGAUGGAAGUGCAGAGGCUCUACCGCAACAAGAGCGUCUGKGCGUAUUCCAAUCCCAUGCUUAUCUUCCAUCAUCAGACUCCACAGAUCUGCGACCUUCGACCGCUCUUUCAUUGACGUCGGCGACGUCUAUAUUUCCGGACACUCUGGAGCAUGAGAUUCCGCCACAAAGAGUGCUGCCAUUCAAAGCUUCAAGCAAUCAGCGUCCUUCAUCUGCCGUUUCCAUGCCAUCUACUUCUUCGCUCACCAUGCACGACACGCUGGAACACGAAAUUCCACCACGCCGUGAACUACCGUUCAAGCUACCAUCAAGUCGGGGUGGUAAAGGUAAUGUCAGCACUUCGUCGCCGGGAUCAGCAUUGCCUCAACCGCCUUCUAAGAAGGCUAAGUUAUCGGCGCAAGAACGGCCGAAGACUGCCAGCUCUGCCCAAGGUCGCACAAGUGACAGAUUCGAUGAUGAUUUUGACCCUACACAGACCAUGCGACUUCCCGUGCAGAGCAACCUUGCUUUCGCUGCUUCGAAAUCCACCCACAAAUCCACCCACAAAUCCACCCACACGGAGAGUGAUCAUCGCUCUGAAAGCACGGCGCCAAUGAAGGAACUCGUGUUUAAGAACAGCCGAGAGUCCGUUGUCAGAGCACGUAUGGACAGCACAAUGGAUGCACCACACGAGGUUGAAUCUCCGCCCCUCGCCAAAGCGCAGAAUCCGGCUGCCAUCCCGAGAGCAACUCGUUACCCCAACGCAGGCGGGCACAGUGGAGAUGACGCAAGCUGUAACGCGGCGAUCAUGCCCUCAGCAAACGAGUCGAAUGAAUUGACCUUGUAUCAAUACACGUCGCAGACACCAGAGGCAAGACAAACUGCUCUAGACCAGUUUAUGAUCGACAAUUUGCAGGAUCCAUCAUUCACGACUCUGUGCGAAGAUAUCGAGCAGUGCUGGCGGAGGAUUGCGUUGGGCCUCUAA